UCCCGUUUCGCGCGAGACUCAUCAUCCAGCGAACAUGACCGUCAAACUGAAGCUGAAAGAUGUGAAGGACAAGCUGAAGGAGGACACCCUGGACCUCAGCUUGUGCGACUUGGAGGAAGUGCCUGUGCGAGAAAUCGCAUCUCUUAGGAAAGCAACAAAUGUUAAUUUGUCAACCAACCUUCUGGUUUCGCUGCCGGCCACUUUUGUUACUUUAAAACAAAUUGUAAAAUUGGAUCUUAGCAGAAACAUGCUGAUUGAACUGCCUGAAAAUUUUGGUGAGAUGACACAGUUGAAACAUUUGGAUUUGUAUGCUAACAAGAUUAGCAGAUUACCUCUGAGUUUAAGCGAACUGAAAAAUCUGAAGUGGUUGGACUUAAAGGAGAAUCCUUUGACUGAGGCAGUGGCCAGUGUUGCUGGACCAUGCAGCAAUAUGCGGGAGUGCCAGGCAUGCGCUCGUAAUAUCGUCACUUAUCUGUCCAACGUCAAGCUUGUCAUCGAGGAGGAAAGAUUACGUAGAUUAAAUAAUGUUACAGGCGAUGGAAACAAGGAGGUGACAAGUACAAAGAAAGAGGGUAAAAGAAAGAGGAGGAAGAAUGUAGAAAGGACAGAGAAGACAAAUGGAAAUAAAACCGAUUCUCCAACUCAGAGCGUGGGAUUGCAGGACAAUAGCGAUAGCGUAAAAUUAACAGGAUCGACAUCCGACAGCGCGUCCGCUGGUAAAUUGUACGAAUCCACAGGUUCUGGACUGUGCCGGUCUCUCACGUGGGUAAUCAUGUGGCUCUUCAUGAUUAGCUCGUUGCUUAUCAUAACGCUGAUAAUACUCUCGUGGCGUUACGAGCAACAGACUGACACAUUCCUGCAAAAUGCACAGACGUUGUCGGGCCUGCCGUUGAAGAGUUAUCAUCGGCAGGCUACGGAUUAUUUGCAGCAUAUAAUAAAGCUCGCGACCAUGCACAUCGAGUCGAUUAUCGACGGUGCCAACGAUUUUUACAGAACGCAAUUCGAAAGUGACACGAGCAAGACGGGGAAGGAGCUAUAAAAAAAAGACUAUUUGCUUGUUUCCAUUUAACUCUGAAAUGCUGCUCAAAUUUUUCUUAUUAACACACUACUCUGAGUGGAAACUCAUCAACAUAAUUAAGCUUUUUUUUACACUUUUUAUGUCUACAGGUCCUUUUUGUAUAGGUUGUUAAAGUCCCAGAAAGCACAAAAUAUUAUCAUAAAUAUUUAUAAAUACUCUACAAA